AGCAGCCGCAGCAGCCGCAGCAGCAGCAACAAAUUCCUCCGCCUGUCGGCCAGUCGUGUCAAUUGUGUCUAGUGGCGGAGUGGUCGCAGUUCCUGAUUAUGAUGAUGAUGAUGCCCUCAUGAUGAUUUGCCACUGGCAAAUGUUUUGAUUAACUAACUGCGGGGCAGCCAAUUAAUUUUUGGCCAAGAGGCUGCACACUGAUCGCGAGUACAAAACCGCUGAGAUUUCUCUUCGCUGCGCCGAUGCGGCCUGCUCAUUAAUUAAAGAACAUGGAAUCGGGCGACAAACGGAUCCGUCCGACAUGCUGAGAGCCAAAUUCGAAUCCGCUAAACAAAUGGCAACAGCAGCAGCAACAACAUUUGGGCCAACAGCAACACCAACAGCAGCAGCAGCAGCUACAACACCAACAACAGCAACACGAGAUAGAGGAAAAUUGUCAAGAGAUGGACAUUCGAAAAAUAGAAAAUCUCCAACUAAACCGAAAGAAUUGAAACAUUUUCGGAUUUUUUCAUUUCAGAUGCGAGCAGCAAACGGUUAACAAAGGUGCACACGCUUUUCCCGUCGCGAAAAUCGCGAAAGGGAAAAUUCGUAAAGGACGCGGGGAAAAUGGCAUUAGCAAAAUAUGUGUGAAAAAUCAGACAAAGAGAAAAAUAAAUAAAAACAAGAAUGUGAAGGAUUCGUCUAACGAGAACCCAGUGAAAAACAUAGAACCGAGUGAUUAACUUAUUCAAGUAAAUUGUGUAAUGUUCGCUGAGAGCUCAAAAUGUGGGAUCUUCAAUGUGAAAGAUAGAUAAAAAACAAACUGCUUGUCAUAAAAACACUACAUAAAACAACAUGAGUUGAGGGAAAAUAUUCAAUUUGAUGAUCGCCACGAGCAUCGCAUUAGCAUAAAAGAAGUCACUUCGAGAUCCUCCACCAUAAGGGUUAGCCAUAGAGCUCUAUUAUUAGACCUCCCCAGGGGCAGAUAUGCUGGGCCACUGGAUUAUGCGUGAUUCACAGCCACAUAUAGACCGCUGAUCGUGCGAAUUCUAUAUUGAAAUUCAAAUACCUCUCGGAAAAAAACAUCGUUGACAUCAAAUUUAUGUUUGCCACAAUUCAUGGAACAAAUGAAAGUUAAACAACAAUAACAAAGGCAACGCGGCGAAGGCUUAAGAAUGAUUUUAUUUUCAAUCUCAACGAGGCGUAUGAGUGAUUAUGUGUAAAAUAUUACGCAUCAACGGAAUAGCUUCGAAGUGAUCCAAAGCCAAAGCCAAAACCAAAUCCAAAUCGAAAUGAAAACGAUUGCGAGGUGCUUUGGAAUGAAUUGCGAUGGAUGACAAAAGGCAGGCACUUGGACAACAAAUCAAAAUAGACAGCAUGGCGAGAGCGUUUAGCACAGAUCUUUAUUUUUUGGAUGGCUAUUUAAAACAACAGCCAGAGGACGGUGCAGGAGAAGGAGGUGCCGAGCUGAAAGGCUGAAAAACUAAUUUCGGAAAAUCAAGUAAAAACUGAGCGAAAUACCAAAGAGUUACGGAAAAGAAGGCUGCCUGACUGUCACGACAACACUUUCUUGUGUGAACGAGCGCCAAAAAGGCCGCGACGCUCCUCCUCCGACCCUCCAUCACGAGUCGCCAUCCACCCCAAUCCCCAUCCCUCCAAUCCCAUAGCCAGGCAUCCAUUGUACCCCAUCAGGCGAGGCAAGGCAACCUCCACCAUCCAUCGUCUCUCAAUAGAGAAAUGCUUAGAUGCGAUUCUCAGUCCCAUGUGCACACAUAAUGGAAUGAAGAAAAUUCCGUCGUCCAACAAUUGCACGCUGGGCUAGCUAAAGUGCAAAGAAAACCAAAAGACUCGGACUUGUCACUUCGCUGCGGAUUUGCAUUGGCCGGGCUGCCUGUUUUUGGGGGGCCUCCAAUGGUCGUCGGUGCAGCAGCAGCAGCAUAGACCGAGAAAUCCCCAAAAUCCCCCACAUACCGACAUACCCAACCCAGCUUCCUUGGACUAGCUUCUUAUAAAUAGCCCUCGGACAAAAGUGUCAACCGCCCGCCCGCCCAGUGCAUCAUCACAUGCGAUCCGAACAAUGGAAAUUGCCAAAUUUAUAGUGUACCCAGAAACCCACAGCGGCACUGCGAUCAGAUCGCCCAGGCCAGGCCAGCCAAGGAAAACUUAUUUUAUUUAAAUAAAUUUAGUUUAAUUGCCAGCAAAGAACACAAAUAACACUGGCCGUGUCUGUGCGUCUCUGUGUGUGUGUGUGUGCUGUUUUAUUGUAAUUCCGAUUUGUCAACUGGGCACUCACCGAAACGGCCGAGUAAACCAGCCCGUUGACUUGGUCAUCAAAACAGAGAGGAGUACUCGACAAUCCGGAUACCUUGGAGGAGCAGGCAGCCAUCUAAAGAUGGAUCAGGCUGUCAUUAAAUCAAAUUAUGCCGUUUCCCGGUCCCCAAUGACAAACAAUCUCCGCGACCCGCAAGAUUGCGCAUAACGGGGCGUAUGAGUAAUAAGCCAACUGCUACGACAUAAUACGUAUACGCCUCGUGGUGCAGACGCUCUUCUAGGCGGCCAAGAAGAGCAGACACGAAAAGUGUGUGUGACAAAACGCUCAAUAAAUAAACAAACCGCAAUGCAAACAAACAAAUUAUGAGAAACGAAAACAAAGAAGCCAAGUAGGCUGGGGCAAGGCGAAUAAAAUUUGUUUACCUCUACGACAGCCGACAUCUUGCACAUUCACUAAUUGCAUUUACCCCCUUCCCGCUUCCGUUGCAGCUGGUCCAUGUGAUCCAAACCCAGAUGAAUUAUGGAACAUGUAAAUAGCACUAAUGCCAGACAACCGCAGCAUCAUCAUUUUGAUCAGCAGCUGCAGCACAAUGACAGCCAACAGCAGUUCUGCCUGCGAUGGCACAACCAUCAGACCAGUUUGCUGAGCACCCUGCCCAUUCUGCUGGACCAAUCCCAUCUGACGGAUGUGACCAUUUCGGCCGAGGGACGCCAACUGCGGGCCCAUCGCGUGGUACUGAGUGCCUGCAGCAGCUUUUUUAUGGACAUCUUCCGGGCUCUGGAGGCCAGUAACCACCCAGUUAUCAUUAUACCAGGGGCCAGCUUCGGCGCAAUCGUUUCACUGCUCACAUUCAUGUACUCCGGCGAGGUGAAUGUAUACGAGGAGCAGAUUCCGAUGCUGCUCAACCUGGCCGAGACACUGGGCAUCAAGGGACUGGCCGAUGUCCAGAACAACAAUCAGUUACCAAAAACAGCGAGAACUGGAGGUGGCUCCUACAUGGAUACGGCGAACGAAAAGUCCUCUGAGUUUGAACGUCCCAGCACACCCUCGCCCACGCCCACCCCCACCCUCACGCCCUCCCACACGCCCACUCCAAGCCAUCCGAUCCCCCUGCCCCAGCUGCCCAGUGCCGCACUUAACACCCCUCUUCUGGCCAACAAACUGGGAUCGGUGAACUCCAGUGGAAUGGGCACCACGCCCCUGGAGAAUCUCUUCAAGUCGCUGCAGUUCUACCCCAGUCUGUUGCCACAACCACUCAACUUCUCGCAGACGGCGCUCAACAAGACCACUGAGCUGUUGGCCAAGUAUCAGCAGCAGUGCCAGCUCUACCAGAGCGGGAUGCAGGAGGAUCAACUGGAGACGGACUGUUUUGGUCCCAAGAGGCUGAAGGGCGACAGUCCGCCGAAGGAGCUCAGGCGACUGGAAAAGAGCCUUUUAAAGAAUCCAAAAUCCUCCUCGACGACCAACAGUAGCAGUAGCAAGUCGCCGCAGGAAUGCUCCAUCCCGAAUCCCAUUGUGGCCACUUCGCCAGUAACUCUCGCUCCACCGACCAUGGCACACUUUUCACCUCAGUUGCCGGUGGUCAAGUGCUCCUCGGCCAGUUACCCCAGCGCUCUCGGCCAAGGUCAACUCUACAGUAGUAAGCCACCACUUUAUAGUGCAGCAGUCACGCCGACUGCCGCCCAGCAGGCGGCGCAGAUGCACCAUCACCCGCAAACCGGGCCAUCGCCCUACAUCUCGGCCGAGGAUCACGCCAAGCUGCAGCUCCACAUCGAGCAGUAUCAGCGGGAAGCGGCAGCAGCAGCGGCAGCGGCCGCCGGCGGAAUGGCGCUGGUCAGCGCCAAGUCGGAGCCCAAUCUGCUCUCGCUGAGCGCCGACCGCGACAAGUCGCUGGCCACCGCACCCAUCAAGCCGCCGUCCAACUCCAAGCUCUAUGCCACUUGUUUUAUCUGCCACAAGCAGCUGAGCAAUCAAUACAACCUGCGCGUCCACCUCGAAACCCAUCAGAAUGUUCGGUAUGCCUGCAAUGUCUGCUCCCAUGUAUCCCGCAGCAAGGAUGCCCUGCGAAAGCACGUUAGCUACCGACAUCCUGGGGCGCCAUCGCCAUGUGAAAACGAGGCUCGCCGGAAAAGGGUCUCCAAGCUGGCAGCGACCACUGUGCCCACUUCCACGGCCAUGUCCAUGAGCGCCAGUCACACGGUUACCAGUGGCGAUGUGGGUCCAGCUCCAGCGACCACGCUUGGAUGUUCGGGUCAGGAGGCAAGGAAUCCGUACCUCUUCCUGCCCAAUCAAUUUCAGAUGGCUGCUGCUGCAGCAGCCGUAGCAGUGGCCGAAUCCUCGCCAGCUUCUGGUCAGCCAUCGCUGGAUUUGGCACACGAGGCGCCACCGAGCAUCAAAAGUGAGCGAGAGCCACCGGCGGCGAGCAACGGAGAGGCGACCGGUGUGGAGGCAUCGGCGUCAACUACCUGAGGAAAAUGUUUUUGAAUAUUUUUGAUUUGUUCAACUCACCACACAAACACGCACACAGACACAAGGAGUACGCCCACCCAUGCACAUGCAUAUUGUUGGGCGACCUAUGAGUGGAUGAAAAAAGGGUUGACCCCUGACCCCAAUUUUAAAACCAAUCAAAGGUGGUGGAAUCUGCUUCAAUUUUAUUUAAUCAGCAAGCAGAUCAAUUGAAUUUGAAAACAAUUGAAAACCCAUUCAAAUUUUCAUAUUCAAAAUGUUCUUUUGUAUUGAAAGUAUGUUUGAAAUAUCUCAAAUUCAAGCUUGGCUUUUUCUAACAAAGAGAUGUAUGAUUAAUUACGUUCUUCGUCCAUUGUUGACAUCUAGCCCUAUUUAUUUUACCACUAACUAUGAUCGGAUUUUUGAACAAUGUCAGAGGUUCCAAUUUUCAUCAACCACCCAUCAUCCAGGUGCCCAACAUGAAUAUGCCAACUUUUAGUCCCACCGAAACCAACGUCUUAGACCCGGCUGUGAUAAUUAGCGCAAUUCGUUUUUCGUCCUCUGCACUCGUGCGCCUUUCUAGCUAUCUUAAUUUAUGUACUUACGUUUAGCACAAUUUACGUUUAUUUUUUCUGAAACUUUAGCAACCUCCGAGGCUCUCAAACUGCAAGUUACAAACACAAUCCUUUCGCUUUCACGCUCUCUCACAAGCACACGUCCACACAUUCUAGUAAUCUAAGCCAAGUUUUUAUAAAUAUUGUAAUUAUACACCUGAACACGCACACACACUUGCACACAAAAAGACAGGGUGAAGACCUACCAAACCAAAAAAAAACACAAUUUUCAAAGGAAUAAAUGUUUAAGAAGCCAAA